AAUAUUGUGUAGUGUGCUUAUAUCCACGUCCCAUAAAAAAGGCCCCAAAGUUGAGCAUUUCAUUGGUUGAGAUCUCAAGAAACUCAAACAACAUCUCUCCACCUCCACCACCAUCACUACCACCCAAAACAAUACACAUCACCUCUUCAUAAUCAUUCAUAUGAAUGGGCAAUGAAAAACUACUCCAAUCUUCAAACCCAACCAGAACAUUCAACCCCACAAAACCCACAAACAAAACAACAAAAAAACCAAGAACAACAAGAAGAAAGAGGAGAAGAGAGAGCCAGGUGUGAAUGGAACUUCACUCUCUCCACCAUCAUUUCAUCAUCCACCGCCACCGGAGCUGCCUCCGACACCCUCGGAGUAAUCGAAUUCGACCCGUCCGAUACCCUCUUGGCUACAGGAGGGAUUGCAAGAAAAAUCAGAUUUUAUUCUUUGAAUUCAUUGUUACCUGAUCAUGAUCAAGUCUCUUUGUUUGAUCAUAACAGUGCUUGUGAUUACUACAUAUGUACUCCAGCAAAGCUCAGUAGCCUUAAAUGGAAGCCCGGGUCGGGAGGGCGGGUCAUAGGGUCCGGAGACUACGAUGGGGUUGUUAUGGAGUAUGAUUUGGAGACAAAAGUGCCUGUUUUUGAACGUGACGAGCACGGCGGUCGCCGAGUAUGGAGCAUGGACUAUUCGCAUUGGGAUCCGGUUGUAGGCGGGUCGGGUUCAGACGACGGCACGAUGCAGUUAUGGGACCCACGUUGCGAAUCAGGGAAAUGUGUGGCGGCGGUGCAGCCCAGCGUGUCCGGCAGUGCCGUGUGUUGUGUGGAGUUCAAUCCAUUCGGUGGAGCGUUGGUAGCCGUUGGAUGUGCUGACCGAAAAGCGUACGGGUAUGAUGUUAGGACUUUGAGGGGCCCGGUUAUGGUGCUCGAUGGGCACUCGAAAACCGUGGCGUACGUCCGAUAUGUCGAUCAUCGGACGGUGAUGACUUCGGGGAUUGACGGACGGUUGAUGAUGUGGAACACAGAGGAUUCGAGCCUAGUUCGGACAUACCAAGGUCACGUGAAUUCACGGAGGUUUGUUGGGUUAUCGGUGUGGAGACACGGUGGUUUGCUUGGAUGUGGGUCAGAAAACAACCAAGUUUUUGUGUAUGAUAAGAGGUGGGGUGAGCCCAUUUGGAUGCAUGGGUCCGAACCAGUGGGUCGAGCUGACGGUCAGUGUGGGUUCGUGAGUGGUGUCUGUUGGAGGCAAGUGGGUGAAGAUCGGUGUACACUUGCGGCCGGUGGGUCAGAUGGGGUUUUGAAGAUGUUUGAGGGCAAGAGAUUGAGACUUGAACUAGCUCAAAUCUCAAUACCAAUACCCUAAUUUGGACGCUCUCCGCACCACGCUUCGAUACCGCGAUCAAGGUUGGGCCGAGCUACUCAAUUUUGAACCGACAUACAGAUACAACAGUAGGAGAAAGACCAGGGUGACAGAUUUCCUUCUGGAACCUUCACCAGAACCAGAUCCAACUCUUCCCCAAAUCAACCUUGUUCCCUUAACCGAAGAGCAAGAAAUGGCAAAGCGCCGAGCUGUCCAAGCUUUGAUCACUGAAACAACAGCUCAAGCCAGCAGGGAUCAAACUGUGUCAUCACAAACUGGCCAAACACAAGAAGCCGUGGUAGCUCACCCAUCAGCCCGACCGUCAUCAUCUCGGCCGCAUAAGCGCGCUUGUACUCCCUCAACCGAGCCACAACACCUUGUGGAUGAAGAUGACGUCUUGCUCCCCCAGUCCACGCAACCGAGCUUAGAGCCUCGGGUUCUGACCGGGCUAGCCUUUCUGAAUGGGCCCCAAAGAUAACAUACAAUAACCGGCCUGUUUCCAGUACUGAUUCGAUGGUAGCAGACAAGGACCACUCGCUCGCUUUCAAUCUCGCCAAAAGCGUGUGUCUGCCCGCCGACAUGGAGCACCACGAUCACCUCACCGAGCUGAAGGCCAUCCGUUCGGCUACUAAGUCAAUGGUGCUGGUAAGUAUUCCCCUAACUGUCAUCCAUUAAUCAACAACUGUUUGCUCGGUUUCUAUUCAUAACUGUCACCUCUUUUGUAGGCCAUGCAAAAGAACCACAUUGCUCACAAGCGAGUUUUGGAGCUUCGUAAGACAACACGGCUGGCCGUGGCAGAUUCCAACACCAGGACAGCCGAACUACAAGAAGUGAAGGAAAAAAUGACCGUGCUCAAAUCUGAAGUAACCCGACUCACCGAGUUGGUCAACUCGGCGGAGGCGGGCAAGCAAAAGGCCUUGGCCGAGUAGAAAGACCGCUAUCUGCGUGAGCUGGCUAAGCUCGAGAAGAAAAAAGACGCCGAGAUAGCUGAGCUGAAGAAGAAGAUGGAAGACACGGAGGAUCGCGGUUAUAAGGAAAGAGAUGCCACAUACGUUUUGCAGUGUGAAGCUACAGAAGAUAUUUUUUUCAAGUGUGGGUGGAAGGCAGCCGCCCUAAAGCUCAGUCAAGGGGAAGAAAUCGAGGUAUUCCAGAACCCUCCUCCUCACUUCAUCCCGAGCUAUAUGGCAGAAUAUGCCCACAUCAUCCAACAGAAGUUUCUGCAUGAGGGAGAGGAGGAAGAGUCCCCAGAGUCAAACAACGCCCGCCUCCUGCCAGAGAUCAAGGUCACCAGACUGCUCAAUCAACUCGGGUGGAGCCAUUGGCACCAAGCACGGUUGAAAACGUGCUUACGGCCGACCUUCUUGCUGGGAACGAGAUGCCGAGUGGUGAAGCUCGGGUUGACCUUGAUGCAGACUUAGACGAUCUGUUUGCCUGAUUUUUUCUUUUACUGCCAAGAAUUUGUAACCAGGCUAAGGCCCCUUUUCUGUACUGUGAUAUUUGGAAUGGAAUGAAAUGUGUUUUUUCUUGAA